UUAGGAUCGCAAAAUUCUAACUUGUGAAACCGGUCUAUAAUAAGAGUGAUGACAGAGAGGGGAAAAGAGCCCAUCUCUUAGUAAUUCAGCGGUCGUAGUUUUAACACGUGUUUAUUUUCAGCUCGAGGGAAACUCGUUCUAAGAAUCCGCAGACAUUUGCCCACGGGUUACGUGUUAUCGUGUGGUGGGAAUGUGUGGAUAAAAGCGCGCACAGGCACAGACCCCAUGAGAGGACGCGACAAUCACACUUCAGAUAUUUCUGCGCUGAAUUUUGACGCAACAGCAGCGAAGAUGGUUUGGUUGAUAAGGUUCAUCCUUCUCUUCUGUUUGUGCAUAAUGAGGAUGUCCGCACUUAAUCUUUUCCCUGCGAAAUUUGAAAUUGCUGAGAGACAAGCAUCCGUUACCCUGACCUGUAGAACAGAUAAAGACAAAAUCACAUGGAAACGUGAGGACGCAAAUACCAUAGAAAACAUAUUGCAAUCAGAAUUUGAAAUCCUCAGUGGGCGGGAUUUGACCGUGAUUGGCCUGCAGGAAGACCUAACAGGGAAUUACACCUGCUGGAGUGAUUCAGGUCUUGAAGACUACACCUAUCUCCUGCUCGACAAGUCUAAAGAAGCUACAGCUUUUCAAAUCAACUGCACAGCUGAGACAUUUUCCUGCACUGAAAAAAUCAAAUGUGCCUGGACCCCAAAUGAUCUUACAGGUGAAAUUGCUUUCAGACUUCGCAAUGCAAGGGAUAAUGGUGACUGGGUGUCACAACCCGUGGAUGGAGUAUUUUAUCUCCCACAUUCCACCGAUUCAUACUCUGAAGAGUCCGAGCGGCUGCUGAUAACAGGGGAGGCAGCUUCCAAAUGCUGCUAUGUGAAAACUGAGUACAGCUUCUUCCUACGAGACAUCAUUAAGCCAGCGAAUCCAAACAUUUCAAUCUGCAGUAUAAAAAAUGAGGGGAGUGACGAUCAAAUCGUAGAAGUAAAGGUGGAGCCUCCCUCGACCUGGCCGCAGCCCCACAGUUUCUUUCCUCUGAAGCAUCAGAUCGAGUAUGAGAUACGACACGACGGGAAGCUGAUGACUAAAGAAUGGGAGGAUAAGUCAAAGAACGAAGUCACGGGUUCCAUCACAAAACUAAGGGUCCGCUGCAGAGACCUGCUGCUCCUCUCUCAGUGGAGCGAGUGGAGCGAGUGGAAAAACGUGACCAAUAGGGAAAAAGGAGGCCGAAGCAAAGGACAAAGAAAGAAACAAAGAAACAAGAAGAAAAAUAAAAAAAAUAAGAAGACAAAGCAGAAAAAUAAAAAUAAAAAUAAACAUCUGAAUUUGUCAUAUGUUUGAAGAUUGAAACAUUGUAAAUAAAGACUGUGAAUGUGUGUAUAAACACUAAUGCUAAGCUGGGUAUGUUUAUGAAACUUUUUAGUCAACAGCAGGAGGCAGCAGUGAGGACAGAGGGGACGCUGCCUCCUUUUGGGAGUUUUAUGGGAUUAUCUUAACUUUUUGUACUUGACAAAUCAACAGAAUUCGAAACAGUAAAUAUUGAAAGAAAUAAAAUAUUGUAUUUGCAAAAAUA